CUUUAAUAGGACCAAGUUUUAUUUUAUUAAAUUUUGAUUUAAUUUCCAUUUAGACCACUAUAGGCUUUGGAGUUAACUUAUAUUCCUAUUGUCGCGGACAGGAAAUGAAAACUAAAUGACAUCCGCUAAGAUUAUUGUCGAUAUUCCGGAUGCUGAAAAGGCAAAGGUCCUCAUUUGUUCUUCUGUAUCCGAAUCUUCUCUUCCAAUGCGUCCUCCAAAUGAAGCAGCGAGCGGGGUGAACGUCACUUCGUGGCGCCAUGCUCCUGAACACCUUGUGACUGACUCUUGCAACUAUCAAGCAUAUUAUCUCGGCUCGAUGUUGAUAAAGGACUUCAAGGGCCUUCCCUCCACUGUAGAAGCAUGCGCUAAAAUGAAGAAGUCAACCGAUUCGAUGAAGAAAAUACCAACCAUAACUUUAUCGAUCAAUUAUAAGGGCGUGAAGUUCAUCGAUUUUAAAUCAAAGCAUGAAAUUAUGGAGCAUGAGAUACAAGAUAUUUCGUUUGCUUCCCAGGAUUCUGAAGAUCUUUCCACGUUUGCUUACAUUACACACGAUACAAGGACGGGCCAUCAUUACUGCCAUGUGUUCCGUGUCACAACACUGGAUAAAGCGUACGAGAUCAUACUUACGUUAGGUCAAGCUUUCGAAGUUACGUAUCAACUCAUUUUAAAAAACCAGCCAAGCUGAGGAAAUCGCUGAAGUUUUUAUAGUAACAAAAUAAUAUCAUAUCAAGAUGCUCUUGUUGCGGAGUCUUUACAAAACGUUUUAUCGCGUUGGUCUUUAACCAUUUCUGUACUGUGGAUCUGUUAUGAGGCUCGUGGCGUAGCUAGUAUCCGGCAUUAACACCCAUAUAUAAUAGGCAUGCAUGCUACAAGUAUUGUGUUCGCCCAAAUGAAUGUCUGGAUCUCUAAGAGUUAAACGAUUAGGUAUUUCCUCUGGAAAUUCAAUUUCUACAUCGGUUUUAACAAUACGUUGUUAUGUAAAGUAUAUUUUUAGGGUCAUGGCAGAUGUGAAAAGUAAAAAACCUACACCGAAAUGUUUGAUUAUUUUACUCUGUUUUAUUGCUGAAUAUUAUUGUUGGUUAAUUAUGAUUUUUAUUUUGCAAUCACGAGACAAGUAAACAUCGUAUAUCUCAAGUUGCUGUUAUAGUAUAUGUGACAUACUAUUUGUGAAUAUGCGUCUCAAUAUUUUGCAUAAUCUAAUCUUAUCAAUUAGAAAUUCCGUUCAAGA